UGGCAGAUGUAUCUGCGCUCUUUCUGGUGUCGUCGUCGGGAUACAGCGGCACCGAGGUGCAUCCCUCUGCAGCCUGUGCCACAGAGACCCACUCAGAUUUCCGUCUGAGCGGGUUUUUUGCGGUUCUGUCUGCAGGUUUGAUCAGCACACCGGUUCCACAGAGCUCCUGCUCACAGACUCCUGCAGUUUGUCUGCAGAAAAGAAUGGACCUACUUCCAGACUUGUGGAGGCAGGAGUACUGGCUUCCUCCUGGUGUGGCCUGGAAAGACCUGGAGCAACUGCCGGACUCUGAGAGACCUCAUCCCAAGGAUCUUUUCAUCGCACUGCCCCUCGCUCUGGCUUUUGUUGUAGUUCGCUGUGUGUUUGAGAGGUUUUUGGCCCCACCUAUCGCCAGAUGUCUGGGGGUGAAGAAUAGAUUGCAAGUGGCCGCUACCCUCUCCCCGCAGCUGGAGUCGUUUUACACUCACAGGAGCAAGCAGCCCACACAGAGUGAACUUGUCAAUUUGAUGGUGCUAUGUGGAAAAACCCAGAGACAGAUUGAGAGCUGGUUUAGAGUUCGCCGGAACCAAGACCGACCCAGUCAAACCAAGAAGUUUGCUGAAGCUGCUUGGAGGUUUUUUUUCUACCUGUCAGCGUUCAUAGCUGGACUGGCCUCCUUAACCAACAGACCCUGGUUCUGGGAUCACAGGGAAUGUUGGAGGCAUUAUCCUAUUCAGUCCUUAGAGAGAGCUCAUUUCUGGUACUACAUGCUAGAGUUGGGGUUUUAUGGCUCUCUGCUCCUUCGGAUCUCCGUUGACAUCAAGAGGAAGGAUUUUAAGGAGCAGGUAAUCCACCAUUUGGUGACCAUCUUCCUACUCAGUUUCUCCUACUGUGCAAACUACAUCCGCAUCGGCACCUUGGUCAUGCUGCUUCAUGACUCGUCUGACAUAUUGUUAGAGUCUGCUAAGAUGUUCAACUAUGGCACCGGCUGGAGGAAGACAUGUGACUCCCUGUUUGUUGUGUUUGCUGUGGUCUUCCUUGUGACUCGACUGGUGAUUUUCCCCAGCAGAAUCAUUCGUACCACCCUGCUCCUGUCCAUGGAGGUCUUUGAGCCCUUUACUGGCUACUACUUAUUUAACGUCCUGCUGAUGGUGCUGCAAGCUCUUCACAUAUUCUGGGCAGGCCUAAUCUUACGCAUGGUUUACAAGUUCUUGAAAGGCAAGCUGGAAAAAGACGAGCGCAGUGAUGAAGAGAGUGAGGGCGACGUGGAAGAGGACGACAAAGGAAAAGAAGAAAAAAUGGAUCAAGGAGAUUGCUAUUGCAAAAAAAGUAAAGAAAAUCUGAACUCCAACCUAUCCAUGCUCACCAACAGUUGUGUCCUCAAUAACUUGACCCACUGCAGGUCCUCUGUGGCUAACAGAACAUAUAAAGCUCAGUAAAGAUCUGGUUUUAUUACUUAUUUUUAUCUAUGUAGUUUUCUAAAGGAAACAAUGGACUAUGAUGCAACACUAAAUGUAGAUGGUUGAAGCAUCUCGUGCUGUAAGAUAGAUGUAAGUGUUUUUUCUUACCCUAUGCUGUGUAACAAUAGGAUUGUUUUGGUUAGUUAUUAACAAAGUGAGUAAUUUUGAUCAAAAUGACCAAGUUGGGGCACCACCUGAUUGUCAAGAAUUAAUAGCUAAGCAGCUCUCAGUCUCUGUCAGUUAUUGUAUAAUGAAAACCUGCCUGGUGAGGUGUGUUAUAUAUAAUAUAGAACAAUGAAUGAAGGAGUGCAUAAGCACACUGCAGUGAUAUCACAGUUCAGUGUGAAUAUGUAUGUUCAAGAACCAAGGUUUGUUUUGAUGAGUUGGCAUUAAGGUCAAAUUAGCUUUGAAAUAAAUUAAGAAAACAGUUUCUUGGUGUUCGAGCAAACAGUUCACAAUGAGAAGCAGAAGGGUAAAUAAAAUAUUAUUCUAAUAAAAAAAUGUUUUUUAAACAUUUGCCAAAUUAGAAAUCCCCAUUACAGGGGCUGAUUGUGAUUGAAUGGAGUGAUGGACUACUAAAAUGGCAGCUUAAAACAUUUAUGGACUAAUAAGAUGGCAAAGUAAUGGAGGGAUAACAGGAUAAUGGAGAAAAAAUUUAGCACGUUCAGGGAACUAUGUGGAUGCAUUUUAUGCAGGUUAGUGAGGAGAUGAAGGGAAAACUCAGAUAAAACGACAUAUGUUGCAGUAGUAAAGUGACUUGUUACCAGUUUUCAACUUUACAAAACAAUUUUUUGAACAUCAGGCUCAGUUGCCUGUUAGUACUCAAAACGUUAAGCAUCAUAAGCAAAGCAAAACCUAAUGAAAAAACUAUAUUUAAAUUGUUUAAUCCUAAUUAUUUCUUGCCAAGACACAACCUCUUAUGUGCAUAGUUCUGAUGAACAAGAGGACGUGCGAUUGAGCCAGUGAGUGAGCAGGUCUUAUGAACAGCUGGGGCAAGUGUUUGCUUGGGCUGGCACACACAAGCAGCAUGCAGGAUUGCGGUUUAAAUGCCAUCUUCUUCAGGUGGAACAAGGCGGUGGGGGGAGGUGGACCGCUUCCAACAAGUAAUUAGAAUUUAAAUGAAUUGAACUGAAGUCUUUAUUGUCAUUGUAUACAAAACUACACCAAACUUAAAUAGGCAUCAGUGGUGCACUCACUCACAACAUAAACAUCAGACUAAAAACAACCUGAAUAAAUGUCUAAAAUUCAACUAUAAAUAAAAAGUGCUUGUGCAUUCAAGCUCUUGCUUGCAAUGCGCCAGGCGGCAAUCAAGAAACCUCUUUGGCUGGAGGUCACAUUAAUAAAGAUGCAGUGAAAAUGACAAGUGGUGGAAAGAGGAGUUUCCCCAAGACGACAUAAUUUCAAAGAUGCAGUCUUUUACUCAGCCAGCAAAAUCAAGAGGUUCAGGAGCAUGUUUUCCUCGAUGCAGUCUUUGAAGGGGCUGGCUGGCAAAGAAUAAGAGCUGCAGCUGUGCAUACAGUUUUAUACAUCUAUGACAUCACCGGGAUUCCAGCUGUAAAACUCCUCCUUCCUGGAAACUGCUCAUGGGAAUGGGUAAAAACUGGAUUUUUAGUUUUUACCAGUCUCUUUUGCUGUCUUUUGGUAGUUCAGCCUUUUUUGUUCCGCCCAUGGCUGGGGUCAACAAAGAUAUCACCUGUGCUUCAGUCUGUCCUAACUGCGGUUACACCAUUAACUGUGAUGAUUCUUUAAUCUAUCUUCCUCUCUAAAGAUAAGUAGUUCAUUGUUUCUGCUGCACAACUCUGCUUCAAAUUGCUAUGUGGUAGGAGGAGAAUUUAUUUUUCACAAAGGCUUUAUUUUUAACAUUUCAUUUUGAAAAAACAAUGCAAGUGAGAAUGACUGUCAACAGCAGAGCCUGAGAGGCAGAUUCAUAGACUGUUUAGAUUCAUUAUAUUGGUCUUUUGACAUUGUAAAAUAAAUGAAACAAUGAGACA